ACGCCCCGGCGGAGAAGCUGAGGGUCUCCCUAAUUUGCUGAUGCUGGCCUCAGAAUUGUGAUCUUCCUGCUUCAGCGCCCCAAAUUGCUGGGAUUACAGGGUCUUGCAAAGUUGCCUAGGUCCUUGCUAAGUUUCUGAGACUGGCCUUGAAUUUGGGUUCUUCCUGCUUUAGCUUCCUGAGUUGCUGAGAUUACAGGUCAUCAAAUUUGAAAUAUUUAAAGUGGAUACAAAACUAUUUCCGCAAUGCAGACAAUUAAGUGCGUUGUUGUGGGCGAUGGUGCUGUUGGUAAAACAUGCCUCCUGAUAUCCUAUACAACAAACAAAUUUCCAUCCGAAUAUGUACCAACUGUUUUUGACAACUAUGCAGUCACAGUUAUGAUUGGUGGAGAGCCAUAUACUCUUGGACUUUUUGAUACUGCAGGGCAAGAGGAUUAUGACAGAUUACGACCGCUGAGUUAUCCACAAACAGAUGUAUUUCUAGUCUGUUUUUCAGUGGUCUCUCCGUCCUCAUUUGAAAAUGUGAAAGAAAAGUGGGUGCCUGAGAUAACUCACCACUGUCCAAAGACUCCUUUCUUGCUUGUCGGGACCCAAAUUGAUCUCAGAGAUGACCCAUCUACUAUCGAGAAACUUGCCAAGAACAAACAGAAGCCUAUCACUCCAGAAACUGCUGAAAAGCUGGCCCGUGAUCUGAAGGCUGUCAAGUAUGUGGAGUGUUCUGCACUCACACAGAAAGGCCUAAAGAAUGUGUUUGAUGAAGCAAUAUUGGCUGCCCUGGAGCCUCCAGAACCGAAGAAGAGCCGCAGGUGUGUGCUGCUAUGAACAUCUCUUCAGAGUCCUUUCUGCACAGCUGGUGUCGGCAUCAUACUAAAAGCAAUGUUUAAAUCAAACUAAAGAUUAAAAAUUAAAAUUCGUUUCUGCAAUAAUGACAAAUGCCCUGCACCUACCCACAUGCACUCAUGUGAGACAAGGCCCAUAGGUAUGCCCCCCCACCCCGCCAUACUAGUUAAUUUUGAGUAAUUGUGUAUUGUCAGAAAGUGAUAAGUACUAGUUUUUGUUGUUUAAAAAAAAAAAAACAAAAAAAAAAACCCAAACCACUUUUUUUUUGUUGUUGUUGUUUGUUUGUUUAAGAGCAAGGCAUGCUUGUGAUGACUUUGUAACAGACUAAUUUGUUGAAGCCGUUCCCUGGUUCCAACCUGGAGAGUAAUGAGUAAUCUGGGACACUUUUGCCCCCCCCCCCUUUUGGUUGGGGGGGAGUGUGUGUGGGGUUUAUUUUUUAGUCUUUUUUUUUUUUUUUUUUUUAAUUAACUGAUGGACAGCCCUUAGGAGAGGAGGACAAAUUGAUUCCACAUUCCACUUCCUAGAUCUAGUUUAGAACAUGUGUUCCCCACCUGGUGCUCUUAGGAAGGAGUAUAGUAAAUGCCUCGUUUAAUAAUAUACUCCUUUUUGAAAGUUGCCUUUUCUCUCCACUCUUGAGUAGAUCCAGUAUUUGAUGAAAUUCAUGAAAAUGGGUGGCAGCUGUCUUGCCCCUCCUCUUUUCUAGGAUGCACUCUAUAUGUGACUGUGACUUUCAAGGAAAUUUGUUUGCCAUUUGCUGUUUUUUUUUUUUUUUUUUUUGGGGGGGGGGUUCAUUUCUAACUUCUUUCAUUGAUAAAUGAAGAAAAGUAUUGCACCUUUUGAAAUACACCAAAUGAAUUUGGUUUGUAAUUAAAAAACAUUUUUUUCCCCUGUCAGUCAUUGUUUUAUAUACUUAGCAUAGAUUUGCAACUCACUGUGUGGUGGUCCUAGAACCCAGCUGAAGACCUGACACACAGAGGAACUAUGAGGGGUGGUGCUAGAAGACAGAUGCCUGCAGGAUGAUUGGCAUCCUUUCAGGUUUGAGGAUGUGGGCCUGCUUCAUAAAGAAGCUGGUGGUGGAUGGGGUGGGAGAACAUUUACCAACAAGGGGAUUGACCAGUUGGGAAUCCCCUUAUUUCUGUUUUGCAUAUGAGGCCCCCCUAGCCCACUGAUAUUCUUUAAUGAAAAUCAUGGCAAGAGUCUUGAUUGUGGAGACUCUUCAUAAGUGUUAAUAGGGAUUUUUUUUUUCCAGCUUAUUUGGUUGCAGUUUCCAGUUUUUAAAAAUGUUUAGAUAAUCUUUUUCCACCUUCCCCAAAUCCUAAAACUUGUAGAUUCAUUAGUGUUGAACCAAUGCUUUUUCCUGUCUCAAUUCUUUGUAUAUGCAUUCUUUUCAGAUGUAUUAAACAAACAAAAACCCUUCACAA